UCCAGUCAAGCGGACCCGAACAGCGGAGCUGAGCGGAAACGAGCGAGCACAGUCCACCUGAGCGGAGGAGAGACUCCGGCACCAGCAGGACCUAGCUGGGCCAAGCGGCCGGCCCCUGCAAGCCGAGCGAGGCUGAAUGGGACCGAGCAGAGCCGAGUUGAACUGAGCGGGGCCGAGCCGAGCGGGGCCGAGCGGAGCCGAGCCAGGUCGAGUGGGGCCGAGCAGUGGCGGGCCUAGCCGAGCAGAGCCGAGCCGGGCCGAGCGGGACCGAGCUAAGCCGAGCGUGGCCGAGCUGAACCGACCCAGGCCGAACCUGGCGGAGCGCCGGGGCCGGGCUGUAGCCGCGGUAGCCGCCAUGAAGCGCGACCGGCUCGGCCGCUUCCUGUCGCCUGGGGCGGCGGGGCAGCGCGGGGGCUCGGGCAGCGGCGGUGGCGGCGGCGGCGGCGGCGGCCGGGCUCGGGGCCGCCCCGCUCGCAGCGGACCGAGCGUGGAUGAGACGGCGGCCUUGGUGGCGGCGCGGCUGGGCUGGGGCCGGGCUCGGGCCUGCGGGGAUGCGGGCGAGGACGGCGCCGACGAGGCAGGAACAGGCCGGGCCCUUGCCAUGGGGCACUGUCGCCUCUGCCACGGGAAGUUCUCCUCACGGAGUCUCCGCAGCAUCUCUGGCAGGGCACCUGGGGAGAGCUCAGAGAGACCACCCCCGGGGGAGCAUGUUUUCGUCAGGGACUUCCAGCGCCUGUUAGGGGUGGCAGUCCACCAGGACCCAGCUCUGUCUCAGUUUGUCUGCAAGAACUGCCACGCCCAGUUCUACCAGUGCCACGGCCUCCUCAAGUCCUUCCUGCAGAGAGUCAACGUCUCCCCGACGGGCCACCAGAAGACUUACACAAAGGUCGGUGCCCAGCCCCCAACAGUGGCAGAGGAGGGAGCCUGUCUGGUGGACCUGAUCACUUCAAGCCCCCAGGGCCUGCGUGGCUUGGUGGGGUGGGUGCAUGGACACGCAGCCAGCUGCGGGGCCUUGCCCAUCCUCCAGAGGACGCUGUCCUCCGAGUACUGCGGUGUCAUCCAGGCCGUGUGGGGCUGCGACCAGGGCCAUGACUACACCAUGGAUGCCGACUCCAGCUGUGGGGCCCUCUUGCUGGACAGCGCAUUGGCAGUCAAGUGGACGUGGGACAAGGAGACGGCCCCGUGGCUUACCCAGCAUCUAGGGUCCAGUCCCACUGGGGCUGCGCCUCAGAGCUCCCAGGGCAGAGUGACCACGGCUAGAGCCGAGACUGAGACUGAGACGCUGCCCAGCAUGGACACAGCCCAGCCUCCUUUGGAUGGCAACCCUGUGGGGCCUGGGCCAGGACCCCCGCCUCAGCCAAGCCUCCCCCUGAGUGGGGCCCCAGGGCAGUUGGGUGAGAAGCAGGUUCCGUCUUCAACCUCGGAUGAUCGGACUUCUUUAGUGAAGAUGAAAAUGACAAGAAGCGGACUACCCAGUCCUCGGAUGAGUCCUUUGAGCCAUAUCCAGAAAAGAAGGUCUCUGGUAAGAAAAGUGAAAGCAAAGAAGCCAAGAAGCCUGAAGAACCAAAAAUUCGAAAGAAACCUGGGCCCAAACCGGGAUGGAAGAAAAAGCUCCGCUGUGAGAGGUGAGGGCUGGGUGUGGGGCUGCACCGCCCGGUGGGGCGGUGGCUCCACGUGUGCUCUGCCUUGUAGGGAGGAGCUGCCCACCAUCUACAAGUGCCCUUACCAGGGCUGUACGGCCGUGUACCGAGGGGCCGAUGGCAUGAAGAAGCACAUAAAGGAGCACCACGAGGAAGUCCGAGAGAGGCCCUGUCCCCACCCUGGCUGCAACAAGGUGUUCAUGAUUGACCGCUACCUGCAGCGCCACGUGAAGCUCAUCCACACAGAGGUGCGGAACUACAUCUGUGACGAGUGUGGACAGACCUUCAAGCAGCGGAAGCACCUUCUCGUUCACCAGAUGCGCCACUCAGGAGCCAAGCCUCUGCAGUGUGAAGUCUGUGGGUUCCAGUGCCGGCAGCGGGCGUCCCUCAAGUACCACAUGACCAAACAUAAGGCUGAGACUGAGCUGGACUUUGCCUGUGACCAGUGCGGCCGGCGGUUCGAAAAGGCCCACAACCUCAACGUACACAUGUCCAUGGUCCACCCUCUGACACAGACACAGGACAAGGCCCUGCCCCUAGAGCCGCCACCCGGGACCAUGGAGGGUCAGACCGUGAAGCCUGAGCCCACCUGAGGGCACACAAGCACCUGGACUCAGCAGGCGGUAAAUGAGAUUUAAAGACAAUUUUAAUAGUUCCUCACACCAGACCUGAUGGCACAGCUUUGCUCGCUCCCCUAAGAGCCCCCACACUGUACCCCUGCCUCGUGUGUCAUUGCUCUGCUGGCUGGUGGAGGCGGGCUCAAUGCGCAGCUCACAUAGCCUUUCAUGCCUCCACUCUGGGACCAGCAGUUUAUUUUCCUACCAACACUGAGUGACUCGGGGUCAGAUGCAGAUUUUAAAUAAUUGAUUCCUCUUCCCCACUAAAGAAAUCAAGAUUUGUAAUCCACUUUUUAUCGCAACAAGAGCUCCAUGUUUUGCUUGAAAUAAAUUAUUUACAAAGAA